AUGGCGAUAGAUAUAGAGCCUAUGCUAGCCUCCCCCUCAUCCAUCCCCAUAUACCUCAUUAAUGGCGUAGGAACAGUCUGGGAUGCACAGGUCGCGGCAACUCUCCACUGCGUCCACGGGAUCUCUGGACUCCGCGUCGGUACUCUUCCCGGCGUAUCGUCCCAGAAUGGUUUCCUAGGUCUCCCAAUUACGCUCAUGCAAGAAGAGACUGCCUAUCUCGUCCGCCAAGGCAUCGCCCACCUCGUACCCGUGAACCCAAAUCCCACCCACUCGCUGCCCACAUCCGCCGAAGUGCAAAAGUACAGCGCAGAGAGGGUGCGCAGGCUACGCGAGCUCGAGGCGUCGAUGCGGGAUCUGGAGGUGGAGAAUGCUCGGAAGGCCAAGGCGAAGUUUACGCAGGCGGGGGAGGCGGCCGCUGCGAAGCGAGAAGCGAGAGCGAGGAUACGCGCCGAGAAGGCCGCCAAGGGCGGAGUGGAGCUUUUUGAGCCGGAAGAGCCUGCGCCCACAUCGAAACCUAUCGCCAAGACAUCGCUGGAACCACUUCGCGGAACACAUUUCCACGAUAUCGCCCCUCAUCCCCACUUCCCGGCCCUCGCCCAUCUCCCGUCAAUCACAUCCCUCCCGCACCCCCUCUUCCCAUUCCCCUCGUCAGCCCGCGAUCGCGCACUCCUCGCUACCUUCACCCGCCUCCUGAGUCUCGACCUCCGCGUUGGACUCGGACCGCGAUUCGGAGGCGAGUUUUUGGUGUACCCCGGAGAUUACCUCAGGUAUCAUGCGCAUUAUACGAGUCAGGUUGUGGUGGGAGAGGAGGCGAUACGGCCGGCGGAAAUUGUGGCGUGGGGGAGGCUGGGGACGGGGACGAAGAAGGCGGGGCUGAUUUGCUGCUGGGAGGAAGAGGAGGGAGGGGAGGAGGAUGGAGUCGAGUUUUACAGUUUGGAAUGGGCCAACUUUGGGUAG